UUCCAUUCUGCACAAGCUGCUAUAAUUUAUUCAUUCUGUCUUAGAUAUGAACCCAAAAAAUGAGCCAGGAGUUGUCGCACGAUAUUGUGAAGAAGAUGAGGAAGAUUGGAGGGACACAUAUCAGGGACAAGUGCCAGUUGUUUUCGGGUUACGACAGGUAAAUUGACUCGUUUUACACUUGCUCUUUGAGUCCCAGUCCUCAGCUAGAGCUCGUCUUGAAAUUCGCCGCCUACCACCAUCUAAUGUAACUCAAAUUGGUCAAAAAUUCUGCUCCGAUAGCUACAGCUGGCUCCGCGCAACUUUGAGAUCAGAUUCUGUCCAGGAUGAUGUGUUUCCGUACUUUCACCCCAUAUUUUGGGUUAUCUAAUCUCCUUGACGAAUGUGUUCUAGCUCAUCUGCCCCUGGAAGGCAGCGUGUCGUAGCGUGCAGAGGCCGUUCAGGCAGGACUGCAAAAUGAGAUAGUGCCCAGUUCGUUCUAUGCCCCUCCGUUUGGGAUUUGGAUGUCAGAUUUUUGAUCCUGGCUCAACUCGGACUCGAUAGGUAGAUGUCAUCGUGGAUAGCCAAGUUCCUCAAUGGUGAGUUUCGGAGAGGCUGAUGGCAUCAGACCAUCCGAGUCAUCUCACGGUUGACGAGAGAUGAGAAACUUGCAGUCAACCACCACCACUCCACUGUCACAAGACAACAUCCCAAUCUCCCUAGCUUGAUCUUUAUUCAUAUUCUUCGAAUUGGGCAGUUAGUGACGGCCGAACACCCCGCGGCGAUGGUACAAUCAGCCAUUCGCCUUUGACCACUUGCGGUUCAAUCUGGAGACCGUUCUGUACAUGUACCCACCGAAAUAUCAGAGCCUCGCCUCAAGGCUCCCACGAGUGCUGAGUCAUUACUCCAGGCUCUUUCCGCGCUUCAACGCAUUCGGCUGCGAUGGAAUCCGUCCCGACCACAACCAUCUCUGAGCGCUGUAAGCAUUCAGUGGUCUCCUUCCCUCUUUCUGAUCGCUCUGAUCGUACACGGUCAUUAGUCUGCGCGCCCGACCAUGAUGUGAUCAUCCAGUCGUCUGACGAUGUUCUCUUCAAGCUCCAUCGCAAAAACCUGGAGGUCCACUCGCUUGUCUUCUCCGACGCCGCGGCGGUGACAGGAUCGGUCAUUGAAAACAAGGACGAGAUCGUCGAGCUCUCGGAGGACUCGGCCACCUUGGACGUCCUGUUUCGGUACAUGUACAAUCAGCCGCAGCCCGACUUGUCUGCGGUCGACUUCCUCGUGGUCACCCGGCUGGCCGUCGCGGCUGAGAAGUAUACAGUCAACGCAGCGAUCCCUGCGAUCCUCAUCCAUAUGGCAAGAUCCUUGGAAGAUCACCCUCUUCAUGUGCUGGACUACGCUUUUCGUAACGACAAUGCCAAGCUCGCCAACGCCGCUGCCGAAUUGACCGUUGGAUUGUCGGUGUGCGAUGCCCACAGUCUCCUGUCCCAGGAUGCGUUCGCCGCAUGGAUUUUGUAUUACGAUCGCUGGUCCAAAGGUGUUAGGGCUCUUCUCAGUGCCCUGAUCGACAAGAACGUAGCACAGCCAAUCUACUCGCGGACCGGGGGCGUCAGCUACCCAGUAUCUCAGUCUACCCUCGCAACCGUCGCUCGAUGGAAGUUUGCAGAAGUACGCUCGCAGCGCUCUCUUUACAACAUUGUCGAUUUAUCCGACGAUUUCCUCGACCACACUUUUAUGUAGUCAAUCAUUUCUCCCACCCUUGAAUCGAACUGGACGAGUGAAACUGCAGUGAUCGAGCUUCCCGGUCCGCACGCCUGAGCAAUUGUGCGGCGUCCACGAGUCAAUGUGGGCAGAAGUCUCGAUCGCAGUUAGGGCUGCAUCGUGUUAUUUGAGAAGAGGAUCAUGUGCGGAGGCGCCAAGACUCUGCGCUUCUCAUACUGUCGUUCAUUCUUCAGAGGCCUUGGGAGCAGUCUGGGGCAGGGGUGGUUGUGCGCGAGUAAACGUACCGCUCUGUGCACACGAGGGGGAAAAUGCGGAACCACCCCUCCUCAUUGGACCUGUGGUUGGCUCCGAAGCAGCAGUUGAUCUUCGCGCGACGGGCGGCGCAAACCAUGGCCGCGAAUCAGAGAGGGGAGUAUCCGGUGAUCGCGGUGCCCGGCGGUCCGCCAUGCCGGGAGGACGCUUCCUUAAAAGCCAGGCAUAUGAUGAUAUAUAUACAGGCAAAGUCAAGUCAACAGUUAGACGGUCAUGCUAUAGUUACAUCGAAAAGAGAUGAGUAGGCGGAUACAGAUUAGAGUUCGAGGUUACAAUACACGAGUUUCCAUGAGCUACAAAGGAAUACGGCAGCGGGGUACAGCUAAAAGACAGACAGAGAAGACAUUUCGUGGCGAAUUUUAGGCGGGGAGGAGGAGGAGUGGGAAUGCAGAUGGAUGAACGAAUCGCUCAAGAGCGGGUCGAGCGAAUGAGAACGCGAGGGCCAAGCAUGACACCACCGGUCAUGACCCGCGUGACCCCACCCUUAUACAGGUAUGCAGUGAGAUCGGUCGUGCGGGGCGAUACGCGCUUCGCUGGCCGAGCAGCACGGGGAGAGGCAGCAGUGGGAAGCACACGUGUGGGCUUCGGGGGCGUGGCGGGGGGUGAAGCGGCGUUGCUGUUCGAGUACGCCGUGUACGACGACGCGCCGCUGUCGCUCUCCAGAUCCGAGACAUCGCCGUCGUCAGACGAGCUGUCGGAAGAGUGGCUGUCGGAAGAGUGGCUGUCGGGCGAGAAGAGCAGACUGGGGAUCCGGAUGGGCUCGAUCUCGAUCGAUUGCUGGCGACGAUGGGCGCGCACGCGCGCGGAGAGCACGACGGAGCGGAGCGACAGUCGACAGCGGGCGUCGGGCGACUGAGAGUGCGCGUGUUGCCUCACGCUUCGGGAGAUCGGGACGAUGCUGCCCUGCGCCUCUUCGCUCCAGACACUGACGACCGCACCGUCCCCGACACGGGCUCUGACGUAGCCAGGCCCAAAAGAGAGGACGAUGGCGCUGUCCGUGCUGCCACCGAGGGCGGUAUACCAUGCUGACCAUGGGACAUUGGCGCCGACGGAUGCGGCGAGAAGAGCGGGGGGAAGGGUGCAGUCCGAGGCUAGCGUGAAAGUCGUGGCAGAACUGGAGGUAGCCAGGGACGCGUGGAGGAUGAGCUGGGCUGAGGAGAUACGCGCGGCAGGGAACACGCCGGCCAGGGGGCGGGUGAGGUAGGCAACGACGUGAGGAAUGGGAGAGGUAGACAUGGCAAAGUAAGUGGGUAUCGUCCGGCGAUCGAGGAGAUGCUGGGAGAUUGAGAUUGGGCUGCUAUAAGAAGAUACGGAGGAGACACACCUAAUGCUGGUGUGGUCGUAAAAUGAAAGGGCCAAGACGGUCUAGAUGAGAUGAGGAAUGAGCACGUAAAGAGGCGUAAAAUGCAGGCGUCGAGCGUGGAGAGCGGAAUGGGAGAGACCGGGAAUCUUAUUGACUCCUCGACGACCGCCCAGUAUUUAUAUCAGACAUGUACUUCCGCGAAGUCGGGACCACGCAUUGUUCUCUUCACAUCCAUUCUUCCCAUUUGGUGGGAGUACAAUGUACAAGUGUGUUUGGUUAGCCG